AUGAAGUUCGUCGAAUUGCCCGAUUGCAUUCUCGACAGAAUCGGCUAUUUCAUCCUUGAAGAGGAGAAAGAGCUAACACUGCUUCACAAUCUCCGCCUGACUUGCAGGCGCCUAAACAAACACUUCUCCAUCUUUCUCUAUACUUCGCUACCUGUUGUAUUGACAGAAAAGUCGGGAGGAAGAUAUGAGUGGCUGGGGAAGAAGGAAACCUUCAAUGAGUUCGAUUGUUCACUUGUACGUGACCUUCAGAUCUACCGAUUCACCCAAUUUCAUCUUCCUCAGGAGAGUCUUGUCAGAUUGCGGUUCUUGACUAUUGAGGCCUUGGAUCUAUCCUUCCUUUGUCAACUUCCAGAUAUCCCGGAGCUCUGCUCUCUUUCUGUCAUUUACAACCACAGGCGGCUUAGAAAAAAGAAGGUAUUUGGCUGGGAACAUGAUUUGGAGCAAGUAAUCAGCGAGGCAGAAUUCCCCAGAUUGGAGGUGCUCAGAAUCUCCUCUAAGAAACCAAAAGUCAAUGUGCCAUACAAGAAUUUGUUCACUUCUGAGAAAAGAAGCCCCCAGAACAUCAAUGACUAUGAAAGGCAGUUCUCGUCAGAAAAACGUGUGGAAAAGUACCAACGGAAACAACGAAAGCACCACAGUCUUGGACGAAUGUUCUUCAUGCUCAUGGAAAAGUGCAAAGGCUCGUUGAAAGCUGUGGAGGUCUUGGGGCUUGAUUUCUCUUUUGUCAUGGCUCGGGAGCGUACCAUCAAAUUCGGGAAUCCAGCCACCAUCAUCCUCAACAACCCGUCCAUUAUACAUGCGUAUUCAUGGAUGCCACGAGUGUCUGCCAAAAGGCGUUUGAAUGUCUUGAUUGAAGAUUGCUCCACCAACGCUGUUCAUGUUACGGUGAAGAAAAAAAACCAGGAUCCAGUGAAUAUGGUCAAGACAGCUUCUCUUCUACAGCAGGUCAGAGGCUCCAUAAGCAAUUGGUAG